AUGGAGACGGACAGUUCGCCGCCGUACGUGCCCCCACUGUUGGCACGCGUCGCCCCCGCGCUCUUCAUCGGAAGCGCACGCGCCGCGUCCGCGUCGGAGGAGCUGGUGCGCGCGGGGGUAACUCUGUGCAUCAACGUCUCCCGCCAGCAGCCGGGUCCGCGCGCGCCCGGUGUGGCCGCACUACGCGUGCCCGUGUUCGACGAUCCGGCGGAGGACCUGCUGGUGCACCUGGAGUCUACUUGCGCCGCCAUGGAAGACGCGGUGCGCGCCGGCGGUUCUUGUCUCGUCUACUGCAAGAACGGCCGCAGCCGCUCGGCAACCGUCUGCACCGCCUACCUUAUGAGAUACCGCGGCCUUAGCCUGGAGCGGGCCUUCGAGGCAGUGAAGCGUGCCCGUCCUGUAGCUGAACCCAACCCAGGGUUCUGGUCUCAGCUCCAGCAGUAUGAGGACCAGCUCCAAUCGCAGGUGUCUGCAGAGACGGUGAUUCCCAGCAAGGACUACCCCACCGAGCAUGCCGAGUGUGCUUAG